AUGUCAGUGAUUGGAGAGGCUGCUCUAUCAGCUUUCUUUGAGGUGCUGUUUGACAAGUUAAGCUCCUCUGAUUUGUUGAAGAUCUUUCAGCAAGAGCAAGUUCAUGCUGACCUCAAGAAGUGGAAGACAACUUUGCCGAAAAUCCGUGCAGUUCUGGAUGAUGCAGAGGAUAAGCAGAUGACAAGCAAGUUCGUGAAGAUCUGGCUGGAGGACCUGGAAGACUUGGCUUAUGAUGUGGACGACAUCUUGGACGAGUUUGCUACUGAAGCUUUGCGACGUAAGUUGAAUGCAGAAGAACCCAGCACAAGUAAGGUACGAAAGCUCAUCCCUGCUUGUUGUGUGGGUUUGAAUCCAAGUUCUAUCAUGUUUGAUGCCAAUAUGCGGUCCAAGAUUAAUGAAAUCAAUACAAGGUUGCAAGAAAUUGUGACACAGAAAAAUGAUCUGGAAUUGAGAGACUGUGCUGAAGGAAGGACUAGAACAAAAAGAUCAAGGGUGCCCACUACAUCUCUGGUGAAUGAAGUUCAUGUUUAUGGCAGGGAUGAAGAUAAAAAGGCGAUUGUCAAGUUGUUGCUGAGUGGUGAAUCGAGUGAUGCUCAACUCUCUGUGAUUCCCAUACUUGGUAUGGGAGGGUUGGGUAAGACGACUCUUGCCCAACUAGUCUACAAUGACGAUGAGGUGAGCCGUUAUUUUGAUUUGAAAGCAUGGGCUUGUGUUUCUGAAGAUUUUGACAUUAUAAGGGUGACUAAAGCAAUUCUACUAUCUGUCAUUUCUGAGCAUUGUGAUGCUAAUGAUUUAAAUUCAAUACAAGUCAAAUUGAAGGAGACAUUGUCUGGUAAGAAGUUUUUGCUCAUUUUGGAUGACGUUUGGAAUGAAAACUACGAUGACUGGACUAAGCUUCGUAGUCCAUUUGAAUUUGGGGCUCCAGGAAGUAAGAUUAUUGUCACAACUCGGAAUUAUGGUGUUUCAUCAACAAUGGGAACUACCCCAGCUUAUGAGUUGAAAGAGUUGUCAAAUGAUGCUUGUUGGAAUUUAUUUACCCAACAUGCAUUGGGGGCAACAGAUUUUACUGCACAUCCAAAAUUUGAAGAAAUUGGUAGAAAAAUCUUAGACAAGUGUAAGGGCUCACCUUUGGCGGCAAAAGUACUUGGAGGCCUUUUACGCACUAAACAUGAUCAUGACGAGUGGAAAGAUGUGUUAGAUAGCAAGAUUUGGGAUAUUCCAGAGGAAAAAAGCAGUAUUUUUCCAAUUCUUAAAUUGAGCUACCAAUAUCUCCCUUCACAUUUAAAGAGGUGCUUUGCUUAUUGUUCACUAUUCCCAAAAGAUUAUGAAUUUGAGAAGAAAGAGUUAGUUUUGCUAUGGAUGGCAGAAGGUUUUUUCCAAGAAACAAAAAGAAACAAGUUAAUGGAAGAUCUUGGUGAUGAGUGUUUUUGGGAUCUCCUUAGGAGAUCAUUUUUUCAACGAUCAAGCAGCAAUGGCUCACUCUUUGUCAUGCACGAUCUUAUCAAUGAUUUAGCUCAAUGGGCAGCAAGAGGCUUGUGCUAUAGAUUGGAAGACGUAUUGGAUGGAAAUAAGCAAUUUGAGAUUUCUACAAAGGUACGUCAUUUCUCUUACCUUCGAAGUCAUUAUGAAGGCAUGAAAAGGUUUGAAGACUUCCCCAAAGAUAUGCAUUUACGGACCUUCCUACCGCUACCAAUAAAUGACUGGGGCUACUUAACAAACUACAUUCCUAAUUGUUGGCUACCAAAAUUAAGAUGCUUAAGGGUAUUAUCUUUAUGUGGAUAUAAAAUCGUUGAGCUACCAAGUUCAAUCGGUGAUUUGAAACAUCUAAGAUACUUAAACCUUUCUGGUACUAAGAUUACAAGUUUACCAGAAUCCACAACUACUUUGUACAACCUGCAGACAUUGCUAUUGAAAAGUUGUGACCACCUUAUAAAGUUACCAGUGGAAAUUGGGAAUCUACUCAAUCUUAGACAUCUUGAUAUUACUUAUGUGAAUUCAAUUGAAGAAAUGCCAGCAGGAAUAAAAGAAUUAAAGAGCCUACAAACAUUAUCUAAUUUUGUUGCGGGGAAAGAUACUGCAUCUAAGAUAGGAGACUUGAUGAACUUGGAGUCUCUUAGGGGAACACUUUGCAUUUCAAAUUUAGAGAAUGUACUUGAUGUUGAGGAUGCAAGAAGGGCCAAUUUACUUGGUAAGAAGAAUUUAGAUGCAUUAGUGAUGGAAUGGAAACUUGAGCUUGAUGAUUUACAAGUUGCAAGAUCUAGUAUAGAUAUUCUUGAGAUGCUACGACCUUGUACAACAGUGAAAGAAAUUUCAAUUGAUGGCUAUGUUGGAGCGAAAUUUCCAACUUGGUUUGGACAUCCGUCAUUUUCUAAUAUGGUGCUUCUAAGGAUUGAGAGGUGCAGGAAAUGCACAUCCUUACCUGCAAUUGGACAAUUACCAUCCUUGAGAGACCUUGCCCUCGUAGGAUUGUCUGCAGUGGAAAUCAUCGGUCUUGAGUUUUAUGGGAAAGAUUGCCCAAAGCCUUUCCAAUCCUUAGAGACACUUUGCUUUGAGGAUAUGCAAGAAUGGAAAGAUUGGAUUCCAUGCAAAGUUGAGUAUGAAGAAUUCCCUCGAUUGCGUGAGCUUUCUAUUUCUAGAUGCCCUAAAUUGCAAGGAAAAUUGCCUCACCAUGUUCCAUUAUUGGAAAAAUUUUCUAUUAAUGGAUGUGAGCAAUUGGACGUUUCAAUUCCAAACUUCCCAAAGCUUCGUGCAUUAGAAAUUAAGGGAUGUAAAGGGGUGGUGAGCAGAAGUACAGAUGAGUUAUGCUUUCCAAAGUCAACUAUUCUUUCUAUUCCAUACGUGAAAAGCUUGACGGAGGAGUUCAUGCAUGGGUUAACUAAGGUAGAAAAUCUAGAGAUAGAUAAUUGUAAGGAGCUAACAUCUUUGUGGCAGGAUGAAUUCAAAUCCCUUAUGAAGCUGAAUAUAAGAGAUUGCUCAAGCCUUGUCAACAUCAGCUUGACAUCUACUUUAAGGACACUAAAUAUUACAGGUUGUAGCGGUUUGAAAUCCUUGUCAAUCUCUAAUUGUACAUGUUUGGAAAAGGCAAGCAUUUGGAGAUGUAAUUCUUUGACGUUGAUUUCAAGAGGUCAGUUGCCUCAAAAUUUGAAAACGCUAAAUAUAAGUAAUUGUGAGAAUUUGCAGUUUUUGGCAGAUGAGGGAGAGGCUUCUUCUAAUUCUUCUUCUCUUCUUGAGGACUUGUUUAUUGUGGGCUGUCCAUCUCUAAAAUGCUUAUCAUCAAGUGGCGACCUACCUACCACACUUAAACGCCUUCAGAUUUCGUCAUGCAUAGAGCUCACAUCCUUAUCAUCAAAAAACGAGUUACCUACAGCUCUUAAAUACCUUUCUGUAUCCGACUGUCCAAAGAUGGAGUCAAUAGCGAACAACUUACCCAACAAUGCGUCUCUUGAACAGCUUCAAAUCAUAGAUUGUGCAAAGUUGAAAUCCUUACCGAUGGAGGGUUACUCCCCACCAGCUUGA